AUGCUCUCACGUGCUGCUGUGAAGGCACCCUGCACACACAACCGUCGCCGCGUGGCCGGAUCCCGCGGAAGGAGGAGGGAAGGAAGAGAGAGUGAGCCGCAGAGGCCCAACAUGUCCCGGCGUGUGUUUACUUCCGCGGUGCUGCUCCUCCUCGUCGUGAUGAUGUGCUGCGGCACUGGUGGGGCUGCAUCCAGUCGGGACGUGCCGUCAGCUUCGGGAUCUUCAAAGGAGGAACGUUAUGUUUGGAGAGACGUGAAAGGAGGAGAAAAAGUGGGUUUGCUCCGUGUUCCCAGUCUUGUUGAGAUGAAUGGUGUCGUGUUUGCCGUUGCCGAGGCGCAGUGCACGGAAGCCGGCAAGAACGUUUUUACUGGGAUUGCCUCGGAGUUCCUGGUAUUGGCUGAUCAAAAAAACCCAAAAGAGUUGGACACAACUGCAGUAACGACACAAGUGCUGGAGGAAUGUUUUUCCGAAGAAGAGAAUUGUGCCUCACAAGAAGCGGAUCAGGUAGUCUCCCAAGGAGUGAGGAGGGUAAAUGUGAGCCGACCAACAACAGUCGUGCAGGGAAGUGAUAUUUACAUGCUUGUUGGGAAAUAUAGCCGUGAAGAUGCUGCCGGAUGUCAGGGUGGGGCUGACGCGGCUCCAUGGGGACUUUUGCUGGUGAAAGGGCACGUCAGUGGUACUGAAGGAGGCAAAAACAUACACUGGAACGAUACUCACGCUAUCCCGUGCACUUUUUUAAGCCAACAACACGAAUCUUUGAUGCGUCUAAUUGGCAGCGGUGGAUUGGGGGUUAAGAUGAAUGACGGUACGCUUGUGUUCCCAGUGGAAGGCACGAAGGAGAAGAAUGGAAAGACCGUUUCGCUGAUCCUAUGCUUGCAGGAUACUAAGAGUUGGAAGCUGUCGAAUUGGAUGUCUGCCGAUGGCUGCAGUGAUCCCUCCGUCGUGGAGUGGAAGGACAAAAAACUCAUGAUGAUGACUGCGUGUGGUGAUGGCCGCCGCAGGGUGUACGAGAUCGGUGACAAGGGGGAGUCGUGGACGGAGGCACUCGGGACACUCUCGCGUGUGUGGGGCAAAAAAAGAAAGGAAAAUGUGAAACUCGUUGGAAGCGGGUUCAUCACAGCAACGAUUGAAAACGGAGAUUAUAAUAAAAAAGUGAUGCUCGUUACUCUGCCGGUGUAUCCCAAGGAUACUGAUAAAGGACAAAAUAAAGAAAAGGGCAAACUCCAUCUUUGGCUGACGGACAAUACGCACAUUGUUGAUAUUGGGCCGGUAUCUGUGGAAGGAGACGAUGAGAUUGCCGCCAGCUCCCUGUUGUACAAAAGUGCUGAAAGUGAAGAUAAGAAGGAAGAGUUGAUUGCACUGUACGAGAAGAAGAAGGGCGAUGAGGAGGAAUCACUCGGUAUGGUCUCUGUGCGUCUGACUGAGCAGUUGACGCGGGUGAAGGAGGUGCUGGCGACCUGGAAGGAUGUAGACAGCCGUGUCUCCCAGCUGUGCAUCAAUUCACUUGCUCAGAAGGAUCCCUCAGCUGACAGUGUCUGCACUGAUAAGAUCACGGAUGGGCUGGUUGGCUUUUUGUCCGGCAGCUUCUCUUAUAACACAUGGAGGGACGAGUACCUUGGGGUGAACGCCACAGUAAAGGACGGUGCAGCAGGGGCAAUAUUGCAUGGCGGCGGCGUGAAGUUCACAGGGCGUGGUGCGUGGGCGGAGUGGCCCGUUGGCGAGCAGGGGGAGAAUCAGCUGUACCACUUUGCGAACUACAACUUCACUCUUGUGGCGACGGUGUCCAUCGACAAGGCGCCGGAGGAGGGAGAUAACACUAUUCCUUUGAUGGGUGUGAACAUGAAGGGUGCAGGGAAUUCUGUGUUCCUGGGGCUGUCGUACAACAACAACGGAAAGAAGUGGAUAUUACUCUGCGGUGACGGAACGAAUUCUGGGGAGCACAGCAGCAAUUGGGAAUCGGGGACGAAACGCCACGUGGUAAUUUUGCUACGGAACGGCAACCAGAGCUCCGCGUACGUCGAUGGUCAGCGUGUGGGUGUGGGUGCAUCGUGUGCAUUGGGAAGCACUGAAUCCCAAGAGACCUCCCACUUUUACAUCGGAGGCGAUGGAGGCAGCGCAGGGAGCAAGGGAAGCCGUGGAGUCGUUCUUGUGACGGUGACGAACGUCCUGCUGUACAACCGCCCGUUGACUUCCGAAGAGAUUGGCGUCCUUAACCCGAAUAAAGCCCUCAUUUCACCUUUGAAAGAGGAGCCGUCGACGCCUUCACCAGUUCCUUCUGCUUCCGUUGUGCCUCCCACUCCUCUGGUGGCCGCAACUGCUCAGCAAACCGGAAAUUCGUCCACUCCCGACGGAACACAUCCGACGGAACAGGGGCAGCCGAUGGGGAGCAGUGGUGCGGAGAGUGGCGGUGCAUCCGCAUCAGCGGCGUCCACUGUCAGUAUUCCAUCUGCAGAAAAGGACUCCGUAAUGCAGAUGGCGUCAGGAAAAUCUUCCGAUGGAGCUCAAACCGUGGAUGGCGGUUCUACUGCUGAUGGCGACCCAACGGUGGAGAAAAGAGAAGGAACGGAUGCGCAGAAGGAAGAGGGAAUCCAUCCACAGGUCAGAGAAGUAAAUGCUACGGCACUCAACAGCAACCUCGGAAGUUUUCCGCAGGGGAAUAACAGUGAUGCCGGCAGCAUGCGUGGGAGCGGACUGCUACCAUCGCUGCUUCUUCUUCUGUUGGGACUGUGGAGGCUUGCGGCUCUGUGA